AGCUUUUAGUGAAUCGUCCAUCUGAGAAAGUCUACUCUGUUCAGUGUUCUGUUAAGGGAAAUUUCCCUUUUGAUUCCAUUUUGACCAGUGAUUCCGGCCGGGUCAACGGGAAUUUGGAACUGGAGGGCGAGACAUCCUGUUCCUUGUCUCCUGGAAGGGGAGAGCAAGGUUUGAGGGAUGUUGCGAGUGUGAAACAAGGAAGGUCUGAAGCAAGAGGGAAAGGGCUUGCGAGUAGGAGGCUGAGAUAUGGUCUCCGACAUCGGCGGAAAGGUGCUUUAGAUCGUGGGAAGUUUGGUUCAGCUCCACUAUUUGAUUCGUUAGAGUCAGACGCACAAGCUGUUUCAUUGGUUCCGCCCAAUGCCACUGCAGCUCUUGUAGGAGAUGAUACUCCUGAAAGAAGUUCCAUUCUUGUUAGUCCUCAAGUUUCAAUGUUAGAUGGCAGGGAAGUUUCAGAUGACAUUGGCUUGCAGCAAAGAGCUUCUGGUGGUUUUGAAAUUGAGACAACUGGUUACAAAAAUAAACGUCAGGAGGGGACUGGAUCCCUUUCUGAACAGGUUAACUACAAUUCAACAGUAGAUUUACACUUAGAGAGCAAUACUAAAAAUGCAGUUAGGGUCUUAGAGCAAGCACUUGAAGAAGAGCAUGCUGCCCAUGUUGCUGUAUGCCUUGAACUUGAGAAAGAGAGAAGUGCUGCUGCCACUGCCGCAGAUGAGGCCAUGGCUAUGAUACUGCGCCUACAAGAGGAGAAGGCAUCAAUUGAAAUGGAAGCUAGGCAAUAUCGGAGGAUGGUAGAAGAAAAGUCAGCUUAUGAUGCUGAAGAGAUGAACAUCCUCAAAGAGAUUUUAGUAAGGAGAGAGACAGAAAAACAUUUCUUGGAGAAGGAAGUUGAAACUUAUAGAAAUAUGUUAUUUGCAAACGAGCAAUUGGAGUCUGACAUGCAGGAUACUGCAACUAUAUUCGGACAAGGUAUUUCUUCAUCAUAUUCAAGCGAGGAUCCAAUGCUGAUAUUACAGCGGAUAAAUGACUCCAUCAAUGAAAGAGAGAGAAAUAACAAUGUGAAUACCUUUUCAGAAUCUGAGAUGACAUCCAUUGGGGCAGAAAAUUACACUUGUGCUUUUGGAAAAGAAUUACCGAUUCCUGAACUCGAGGAUUCUGAUUCUUUGAAGCUAGGGAUGAUCUAUGAGGAUUCACUUAUUGAUGAAAAUGAUCAGCAUUUGUCUAGUAGCAAUGACGGGAUCGACAAUAAGUUUAAAGAAAAGAAGGGGCCAGUGUCUGUUGACAAGCAUCCUCCUAAUGAAGAAACAGAAAUAAGAUCAGGAAAACCAAAAACUAAUCCAACAGCCCGUCAGGAACAACCGGAGAAAUCUGAUAGCUGCAUUUCAUGGCUGGGGUUGACAUCAAAGACAGCUCAGAGUUGUGAUGGAAGUAAGAUUGUUUCUCUAUAUGACUAUGAUGAUAUGGACAACUGUAGAAGAGAUUCAAAAAAUUCAAAUCGUUUUAUUGAUUCUCCUGUUCAUGAUGUUCAUGUUGUUGAUGAUGAAGUCAAUAAGAGUCUUGAAUUGAGGGAGAAACAAUCUGAACAGCUGCCAGUGGAUGUCACCUUAAACAUUUCUAGAGCAUGGCCUGGUCCAACCCAUGAGCAAGUUAAAACCCAACUAGAGAAUGAGGAAACUUCUUCAGAUAUAACUAGUCGAUUUCUUCUGAGAGAUGGCAUGCGAAGAAAGUCUUUGCUUUCUGAUAUGAGGAGAAAUUCCAUGUCUGCUGUUGAUUAUGAAAGAUCAAAAAUUGACAAUGAAGUAGGACGGCUUCAAGAAAGGCUGAAGGCUGUGCAGGAGGGAAAACAGAAGCUCAACUUCUCUGUAGGACACUGGGAAAGAGGAAAAACCCAAUGUCAACUUUUGGAGGAAAUAGCAGACCAGCUUCAAGAGAUCCGGCAUUUGGCAGCACCUGGGAGGGCUGCGCGUCAAGCAUCUAUGCCUGUGCCACCCCAUAAGGUUAAAGCUAUGCCAAAGAAAAGAUACUGGCGAAGUGCUUCUGUAGAAUUUCAAAGAAGUGCUUGAAUAAAGGUACAAAAUGAGGGAUGAAUGGUAUAAGAAUUUAGCUGCAACAGUGCAUUCGUUGUUUUAGGUUAAGAUUUUUGUAGCUUCCACGUGGAAAUGGAGUUUGAGAAGUUAGUGUCUCUACAAAUAUGUUUUUUUUUUUUUUGAAAAUUAAUGAAAUAAGAGUUUAUUAUAUUAAUUUUUAAUGGGUAAUUAUUAAAAUUAGAGAGUAUUCUGCAUAAUUCAACCUACAGGUGUAUUCAGAGAUGAAAAAAGGUAUACAUAUUAAUUUCUUACUUUUUUUUUUUUUCUUAAUAAACAUGAACUAGUUGGUAUCAUAAUUGUUUACAUGUAAAUGUGAGUUCAGAUUUUUUGGGGGCCAGAUGGAAUUUG